AAGACAAAACAAAACCCUAGAAGAAAGUCUCCAGUUUCCGCCAUUGGAGGCGAGAUCACACUGAGAGAAGUGAGGAUGGAGAUGGAUUUGUUUGUCACACCUGAGAAGCAGAGGAACCAUCCUCCUUCAGUGAGCUUGGGGAAAACUCCUGUGAGAAGGAAGUUGAUAGUUGAUGACGAUAACGAGGUUGUGUCAGAGAAGAAAGGCCAGUCAAGAACUUCUGGAGGCGGCCUUCGCCAAUUCAGCGUUAUGGUUUGUCAGAAGCUGGAAGCCAAGAAGAUUACUACUUACAAGGAGGUUGCAGAUGAAAUAAUUUCGGAUUUUGCAACAAUUAAGCAGAAUGCAGAGAAGCCUUUGAACGACAAUGAGUAUAACGAGAAGAACAUAAGGCGGAGAGUGUAUGAUGCACUCAAUGUGUUCAUGGCUUUGGAUAUUAUCGCAAGGGAUAAAAAGGAAAUCCGGUGGAAAGGCCUUCCCAUUACCUGCAAGAAAGAUGUGGAAGAAGUGAAGAUGGAUCGUAAUAAGAUUAUGAACAGUGUACAGAAGAAGGCUGCUUUCCUUAAAGAAUUGAGAGAAAAGGUCUCAAGUCUUGAGAGUCUUAUGUCGAGAAAUAAGGAGAUGGUUGUGAAGACUGAAGGACCAGCAGAAGGAUUUACUUUACCAUUCAUUCUACUCGAGACAAAUCCUCAUGCAGUAGUCGAAAUCGAGAUCUCUGAAGACAUGCAACUUGUUCACCUCGACUUCAAUAACACGCCUUUCUCUGUCCAUGACGAUGCUUACAUAUUGAAACUUAUGCAAGAACACAAGCAGCAGCAGCAGCAGCACAGAGUUUCUUCGCCUUCCUCUACACAUCAACACUCUUCUGCUCAUUCUUCCUCCAGUUCUUGCAUUGCUUCUGGAACCUCAGGCCCGGUUUGCUGGAACUCGGGAACCAAUGAUAAUCGCUGACCACCGAGAAAAACUGUGAUUCUGCUCCUAGUUCCUCAAGAAAGAAGAACAAGCCAUUUAAUUUAUACUUUAAAAAAAAAAAAAACUAUACUUCUGGUUUAAGUGCCAUUUGAGAGAGACUGUGAACUUAUGAUCCCAUAGGCCAACAGCAAAUGUUUGUAAAACCGAUUCGGUUCACUCUUUGUCUGAGGCUAUUGAUUUUAACAAACUGAACCGUGUUGAACCGGCUGUC